UUACCAAUUAUACUAACAGUGUUUUGUGUUAAAUAAAAAGGAAAUUGUGAACUUAAAAUACUACCCGUUUCAGGGUUAUUGUCCCCUUUUCCAAAAGAAAAAUUUUAUGCUUCAGUUAUAUAAACUACCCGUAACCUAAUAUAAAACUUAUUUUCCCUUUGGCCACUAUGAGCUCAUUCUUAAUGGGUUAUCCACACGCGCCGCAUCAUGUUCAAAGCCCAAUGGGUAUGGGCAAUGGCUUGGAUCCAAAAUUUCCUCCCGUCGCCGAUGACUAUCAUCAUUACAAUGGCCAUUACUCGAUGACAGCAACGACGGGCCAUAUGGCCGGAAUGAGUGGCGCAAUGAAUGGUGGAAUGCCGCCCGGCAUGCCGACGCAUCCUCAUGCCACUCACCCUGCUGAUAUGGUCAACGACUAUAUGGCGGCUGCUGUUCAUCAUUCAGCGUCCAAUCAUCAUCCUCCUCAUCCGCAUGUACAUACAAAUAGCGCUCUUUCGGGUCACCAUCACAAUAACGGUUAUACAAAUUACGCUCCAACACCCACUCAUCAUCAUCAUCACCAAAGUCUUGGCUACUACGGUCAUCCGGCUAGUGCAAUGCACUCAGGACCACCAGAGUUUAUAUCAGCCGGGGCGGUGCACUCAGAACCAGUGACGACGCUGGGGAACAGUGUAUACCCGCCAACGGUAAAUACACCGAACGGCAUUAGCGCCACACUAACUUCUAAUGGCUACUAUGGUGGUUAUUAUGGUACAAAUGGAAGUGUCGGUAGUGCCCAUUCCCAAGGGCAUUCUCCACAUUCACAAAUGAUGGAUAUGCCUCUACAAUGCUCUUCAACAGAACCUCCCACUAACACCGCGCUGGGUCUUCAAGAGUUAGGACUGAAAUUGGAAAAGAGAAUUGAGGAGGCUGCACCCGCCGGACAACAAUUACAAGAAUUGGGAAUGAGAUUACGCUGUGAUGAUACUGGAUCGGAAAACGAUGAUAUGUUGGAAGAAGAUCGUCUCAUGUUGGAUAGAUCACCCGACGAACUCGGCUCGAAUGGAAAUGAUGACGAUUUAGGGGACUCUGAUACUGAUGACGACUUAAUGGGUGAGACCACCGAUGGAGAGAGAAUUAUAUAUCCAUGGAUGAAAAAAAUUCAUGUGGCGGGAGUUGCCAAGGAUGCAAAAUGUCAAGUUGAUUUUGCGGCAAAGCUACAAGCGAUAAAACCGGUAUCAUCAGCAAAAGUCGCCACUUCUUCCGCUUCUAAUGUGAGUAUAUCCGAAGUGAAAAUAGAAUAUAGAGGACAGGACCAAAAACACUACCCUGAGGUACGCCAGCAUUAA